GCGCAGUGAGACCACAUUUCUUUCCUCUGUGUGUUCCAUUUCUCUUCAGGAAACUGUAAGCUGUGAUCCGAGUGAGAAUGCUUGUGUUUUUUUCCUUCCCUCCCUCGCGCUGUCAUUCAUACGCGAGCUGAGUGUCUUACCCUCUCUAAAACACUGUUUUUCCAAACCCUGCGUGGAACAAUGUGUGAGGUGAAUGUCAUAACAGUCAACACACCUUCAGAACGUCCUCCUGCUCUUCAGAACUAUAUCAGACGCGUGAGAGGCUGAGGACAGUUUUAAUCUUGAGCAACAUGACACUCAAACCACACUGCACACAUCAGCGCACACCAACAGGAUCUCUAUGGAGCAGCGGACACUGCAAAAGACAGUGCAACUCUAAAUCACAGCAGCACAACUACCUCACAAGAACACAUCCGAUGGAGCAGAGGAGGCCCAAACCUCACAGGUUCCACUCCUGCCUGCUGUUUCGCUUAAAGGAGCGAGUGAGGAUGGACCACAGCCAGCCCGAAGGAGACGUCCAGGAAAGCACCGAGAGCAGACUGAGGGAACUGGCCCUCAAAUGGUUUACAGAGACCCAGGCACCUCUGAUUCUCCACAACGGCAACUUCCCGGAAUGGUUCCAAGGAUUUAUCAGCAGAAAGGAUGCAGAGGAGCAUCUGAAAGACAAGGAACUGGGCUGUUUCCUCAUUCGGCUCAGUGAUAAAGCCACUGGAUACAUUCUGACAUACAAAGGUCGUGAUCGAUGUCGGCACUUUGUCAUCAACCAGAAUAAAGACGGACGUUUUAUUGUGACGGGCGACACAGAGAUGCAUGAUACUCUCACCAGCCUCAUCGAAUAUUACAAGACCAGACCCAUUGAGCCGUUUGGAGAAUAUCUGACACUCUCAUGUUUUGAGUCAUCCACAAGUGAGCUCUAUGAUGUGAUUCAUUUUGACCUGACGGAGAAGCCAGGAGUAAGUGUUAAAGCUGUGAAGGAUAUUUGGGACGAUCAGUGCAAAAAACCCCAUGAGACACUGCAACCCCCUGCCCUGCCGCCCAAAGGAUACAGAAACACACCCGCAGUGCCGCCAGUGCCAAGAAAAGGCCCUCCUCUGAAAGCCGCCUCCUUAGAAGCAAAGCACAGCCCAGAAAACGUUCUGUACACACCGAUAGACCUGCAGAAGCCCAAAGAAAGAGCCAGAACGCCCCCAGAGGGCAAAGACAUUUCACUUACAGCUUCCCGAGCCCCGAGGCUACUGAAAGUUCCUGCCGCAAACCAAGGAACCAUUUACUCUGAGCUCUUAGUGCCGAACUGCAGAAGCCAAUCCCUGCCCUUCCUGGACGAUGACAGUAAAGAAGAAGGACACUUUAAUAGAAGCAGCCAACUGCAAAUGUCUUCCCACAUGCAGAGAGAACAACUCAGCAAUCCAUGUUUUAGCAACAGCCUGGAAAUACUGUGCAAUUCAUCGGUUUAUCAAUUAGCCGGAACACAUGGCAACCAAAACACAAGAAUGUCAAAGGUCAACAUACAGGAAAGCGAUGUUAUGUAUGCCGAGGUGCAUCUUGAACCCGUUCCAAAUCACUUCCUGGUUGACGACAUGUAUGAGCAGAUUCCUGAUUCACGGCCUACAGCGAGAGCAGAGGAGACAUCGCACACUAACACUUACGAAACGCUAACAGACUUAAAACCCAAGCAGAUUUUAUCUGCCCGGCCCCUUAAGACUGAGAAAUGGAAAUGGCUCUCCCCCGAAUACUGGAAAAAAUAACCUCUUCAGAUGAACAUCAUCACUGGCGUGAAUCAUAACAUUACACUAAUGAAGAACAGUCGUUAACAAACGUACUUCC